GAUAACUAUUUAUUUGGAAGUCAGUUUGUAUAUAAAUACCACAGUACAAUGCUCAGACAAGUCAUUUACAAGCAACGGUAUACAGAAGCAGCUAAAGAUGAAGUGUCUCGUGGCUGCUAUACUUUGUGUGGGAUUCAUUCUCUCUGUGUGUGAUGCAUUCUGCGUAAAUCAACCUCCUCCAAUGCAAAAAUAUGGGGAGAAACGCAUAAGGGGAUGUGUUUUUGGAGGCAAGCUACAUGGGUUUGGCAGUAAAUGGCUAACAGAGACAUGUAUGGAUUGUUUGUGUCAUUCUGAUGGCUCUGUGGGUUGCUGUUCUAAGCUCAACUUACCCAUGAAAUUUGACAGAGACAGAUGUGAAUAUACUGAAGAUAAGAAAACAUGCACCUGGAGACUGGUUUCCAAGGAGGAUCCUACACAGGAUUGUAAUUAUGAGAUAAAACUGACAAAACGAGAAAUACCAGUCAGUUAUUCCCCAGUUCUGGGGCGUGAGCGCACUCUGCUUUUGCCAAGAACGCGCUCUGCCUCUCCUGUGCGUGCUCUGACCAAGGGGAAUGUAGAGGUGGGCGUGGAGUCUGCUGAUGUCACGAAUGCCACACAACAGACCCGCCUACUGAAUCCAGAGUUUUUUGGGGCUCCAAAUAGAAAAAGGGGGAGACACUUGAAAGUAUCAGACAACUGUGUUCAGAAACAGCUAAAGAUGAGACAACUUGUGGUUGUGUUGAUUGGAGCAAGUAUAGUGGCUGUAUGUAAUGCAGUCUGCUUUCGCCAAAGACCUCAAGAAAUGAAAAUGGGCAAAGAGCAUAAAGGGUGCAUUUAUGAUGGAAAAACAUACAAACGUGGCGCUCAGUGGAAGACUGAAGACUGUUACCAAUGUUCGUGUUUUUUAGAUGGAACGAUGCAAUGUUGUACAACAUAUGGUACACCAGUCGGAUAUGAUGAAGAGAAUUGUGAGGCUGUGUUCGACCAGGCAAGCUGUUCUUACAGCCUGGUUCCAAAAAAAGACCCUACAGUGGAGUGUGAAAUAAGGAGCAUGGUGGGCUAAGCAAGGCCCAUAUUAUUCUUCUUCAGACAUACCUGUAUCGGCAAUAUUAAAGUAUAACAAAUGAAACGCACAUAGAUUUCAAAGGCAAAAUAAGCAAUGGCAAAGUGUCCAUAAAACAAAGCAAAAAUAAACCCAAAGCUGCAUUAUAAAAGAUUGCUGCAUGACCUUAACUACAGUAUGUGCUUUGAUAGCUGAACGCAUGCACAGCUACCCUUUGUAAUGGUUGUACAUCACUAAUGCUUCCAGUAAAGACUUUAUCAUUCCUGCAA